AUGCCAUCCGUCACGUCGGCACUUGCCCUCUCCGUCCAGGCCAAGUCUCUGGUCAUUAGCAAGCCGUCUCCUAGCUCGCCGGAAAUCAUUGACAUACGCGGUGAACAUGUCGAGUUCAACUUGAAGGAGGAGGUCAUUUCCAGCUUCAACCCAGACGAGGGGCCUCGGACGCUACCCACUCUCCUCUUGUACAAUGAGAAGGGCUUGCAGUUGUUUGAGGAGAUAACGUAUUUGGAUGAAUACUACCUGACCAACUAUGAAAUCGAGGUCCUGAAGAAGUCAUCUGCGGAUAUCGCCAGGCGAGUUCCGGAAGGAUCAAUGCUCAUUGAGCUGGGCAGCGGAAACCUUCGUAAGGUGUGUCUACUGCUUCAGGCGUUCGAGGACCUCGAAAAGUCAAUUCAAUACUUUGCUUUGGACUUGUCCCGGAAAGAGCUGGACCGCACCUUGGCCCAGGUCCCCGACUUCAAAUACGUCUCGUGCCACGGUCUAUGGGGCACGUACGAUGAUGGAAGGGAGUGGCUGAAACAACCAGCGAUUGCUGGGCGCUCCAAAUGCAUUCUUCACCUGGGCUCAAGUAUUGGAAAUUUCCAUCGUGAUGAAGCUUCAGACUUCUUGGGGGGGUUUGCAGAUGUCCUCCAGCCUUCAGACACCAUGCUUAUUGGUGUUGAUUCAUGCAGUGACCCGGCCAAGGUCUAUCACGCGUACAAUGACGAGCAGGGUCUCACUCACCGAUUCGUCCUCAACGGUCUCUCAAAUGCGAAUCAGAUUUUUGGUGAACAAGUGUUCAAUUUGAAAAACUGGAGAGUAAUUGGGGAGUACGUGUAUGACGAUGAAGGGGGACGCCACCAGGCAUUUGUCGCUCCUAUUCGCAGCACAGACGUCCUGGGAUCGACAAUAAUGCCCCACGAGCGAAUCCAAAUCGAACAGAGCCUGAAGUACUCCCAGGCGGAAACCGGAAAGCUUUGGGCCGCCGCGGGCCUCACCGAGAUGGGGCGUUGGACUCGGGAUGACGAGUAUGGACUUCACAUGCUGCAGAGAUCGAGUAUCCCGUUUAGCCUGAUCCCAACUCUCUACGCAAAGGGGCCUCUGCCGCCUAUUCAGGAUUGGGAGGCAGUGUGGACGGCCUGGGAUGUGGUGACGAAAGGGAUGCUUCCAAUUGAGGAGCUUAAGGAGAAGCCAAUCAAGCUGCGGAACGCCUGCAUCUUCUACCUAGGUCACAUUCCGACCUUUUUGGAUAUCCAGUUGACCAAGACGACCCGAAAACCGGCCACCAGUCCGGCAUAUUAUUGGUCCAUCUUUGAGCGUGGAAUUGAUCCCGACGUCGACAACCCCGAGCAGUGCCAUGCACAUUCGGAGAUUCCGGACGAGUGGCCGCCGGUCGAGGCGAUUGCCACUUACCAGGCCAAUGUCCGCUCCAGGCUUCGGGAGCUGUACCGAGGUGGCCCGGGAAAGAUUCCUCGGGCCAUUGCGCGAGGAAUUUGGGUCGGGUUUGAGCACGAGCUGAUGCACAUCGAGACCCUUCUGUAUAUGAUGCUCCAGAGCGAUAAGACACUCCCCCCACCCCAUACCUUGCGCCCCGACUUUGAAAAGUUGGCGAGACAGGCGUACGAGGCCAGGGUUCCCAACAAGUGGUUUGACGUUCCGGAGCAGACUAUCACAUUGGGGAUGGACGACCCCGAGGAUGGAUCCGACUCAGCUUGCCAUUUUGGGUGGGACAAUGAGAAGCCAGCCCGCCAGGCAAAGGUUCACGCUUUUCAAGCUCAUGGGCGUCCAAUCACCAACGAAGAGUACGCCCAAUACAUGUACAACUCUCACAUUAGCCAAAUCCCUGCUUCUUGGGCCUCGGUGCCAUCCAACACAUCAAAUGGGAAUGGCACCCACAACGGCCACGCAAAUGGCUUCGGAAACGGAAAUGGCCAUUCCAAUGGUAACGGCCAUGCCACAAGAGAUGUUCCCGAAUCGUUCCUACAUGGAAAGUUCGUGCGGACCGUGUAUGGCCUUGUACCCCUAAGGUUCGCCCUGGACUGGCCCAUCUUUGCUUCGUAUGACGAGUUGGAACGCUGCGCAUCUUGGAUGGGCGGCAGAAUUCCCACGUUUGAAGAGGCCAAGAGCAUCUACGCGUAUGUCAACAAGCAGAAGAGGGCAGAGGCAGAACGCACACUAGGAAAGACGGUUCCAGCAGUCAAUAGUCACCUCGUCAACGACGGAGUGGAGGAGGACCCGCCAUCCCAAGCCUCCACCUCGGCCGAGGACAGCUCCUCACAGCUGUUCCUCGACCUCGCCGGCGCCAAUGUCGGCUUCCGUCACUGGCGCCCCGUGUCAGUGACGUCCCGCGGCAACAAGCUCGCGGGACAGGCGGAGAUGGGUGGUGUGUGGGAGUGGACGAGCUCGACGUUGUGUGAACACGCCGGGUUCGAGCCCAUGAGAUUGUACCCGGCGUACACGGCUGACUUCUUCGACGGUAAGCACAACAUCGUGCUUGGGGGUUCGUGGGCGACCCAUCCUCGGAUUGCGGGCCGCAAGAGCUUCGUGAACUGGUAUCAGCGCAACUACCCCUAUGCGUGGGUCGGUGCUAGACUGGUGCGGGAUGUUUAA